CCUGGUGGGGCACAUCAGUAUUUGGGGCUGGAACUGGCAUUCCUUCGAGACUCACUUGCUAGCCGGACACAAAAUUGUUGCCACACCCGCCAUUCCCUUCCCUUCCACCGUCCAGUCCGCUUUCAUCCUUUUGUUUCCCCCAUCAACACUAACAAAAUUUUUGAAGCGAUAAUGCCGACCGCUUAGAGCUCUGGACUUCAGGAGCAGGUAGAAUCAGGAUUUGCGAGCUGGAAAUCAGUGAUAGCCAGGACAUAGACAGGAUGCCGGUCACCUACAAGACACGAACCCUGCCGGCGCAGCGCCGCCUGGUGCCGAACCUGCUGCGGAGCAUCCUGCGGCAACUGGAGGAAGCCCGUCGUCCCAUGAGUGACACCGAAUUGAUCGCCGCUCUGGGCAUCACAUAUCGCCGCACCGAUCCGGAGUUCCAGCGCCAGGUCAGGCUUAAUCUGAGGGACGGAGUGGCCUACGGCAUCCUGAAACGGCAAAAGGAUCACUUCUCCCUGAGGUCCCGGCGACUGGGCGAGCUGAUGGCCCAACUGGACCCACCCUCCUCACACCGCUAGGGCUGGACUGGAUUGGCGUGGAUGGGUGUGUGUGUGGACACAUGAAAGCAUCUGCUCAGCGGAAAUCCCCCUGAAUGACAAUUAUCGAUCUGGCAUCUGGAAUCUGGAAUUCAUGAAUCGAAUGGCGAAUAAUUGAUUAUGGCAUCCUAUCCGAGUCCUUGACGAGUCGUCUGCCGUGUUUUAUUAUUAUUUUAGUCGCUUGUUUAAUUGCAAACGGAAGCGGAAAUACUCGACAGCCAUAAAUUUUCUCAGAUCUAACGGAAUGAGCAGAAAAAAAUUAAAUAAAUAAAUAAAAUUAUAAGUA